GCUGCGCUGCGAGUGUGUUGGUUGUGUCGCGCGAUGGCGCUGCUGUAGCGUUUGCGUUCCGUGACGGGGUCCGUGUGUUACAUAAUUUAGCUGUUGGGGCUUGUCCGCCGCGGAAUUGUGGGUGGUGCAGCGCGAGGUUUCCGGGACGGAUUGAAACGAAAACGAACAAGACGGCGACGACGUUUGAUUUGUGUCCUCGAGACGGGAAAAGGCGACAUUUUUGACAACUGAUAAGGGAGAGGCUGGACCCACUUUUGCUGCGCUGCAGAGCAAUAUCAAGAAAACACACACACACACACACAGACUAAUGAUAGAGAUUGCGAACGGACACACAGACACACAUGUGACGCUCCCGUGUGAUGUGCUUUGCUGUUGCAGCAUUUAAGGCGCUGCCAUUAUAGCAGCCUAGUUAGAGGAAUCAAAGUCGAGCGAGCGAACGUGUGUGUGAACAUCACACAGAGAGCAAAAGGGAGGAGGCUGCGAAGAAGAAGAAGAAGAAGCUGUGUGACAGCGUGAGAGGUGGGCAGGGGGUGCAAGGGCAAACGAGGAGAAAUUUUCGCCUUUCAACUUUCUUCUUUUUCUCGUCGUCGUCGCACCAGAGGGCGACACACACAAAAGAAGGACGUUUCGUUUCGUUUUUGUGUGUUGCGCCCAGAGUUCUGCAAAAAGCGGAGCGCACAAAGUCGACGGUGGAAGAUUUUCGGUUCCGUCGCGCCCGGAGCGAUCCGUAUCGGGAAGUGAGUGUGUACUUUCGGGGCUGGGAUGUGGCCUCUGUGCAAAAUGGUUGUGAAAAACGGCUUCUAGAGGGAGCAGCAGCAGCAGCAGGAAGGUGGCGCCCUCGGCAGCCAAGAGAGAGGGCGCAGCGCGACGAUGAAUUUAUAAGUGAAAAAGGAAAUACGCCCAUUUCUGAUAUUUCCGUUUUUUGCCUGCCUGGGCUGGCGCUGGCUGGCGGAUGCUGGUGUCGGAUGCAAAAACAGGUGCCGUUGUGUCGAGUAUCGAUGAAAAUUGGAAUCAAAUUAGCAGGGAAAAUGAAUUUAUUGCUCGCUUCCGUGCUGGUGCUGGGGCUGCUGUGCGGUUGCCUACCUCCGGGCGUCGAACCAAAGAGCUACAAGGCGACCCCGAAUCGAGGCAGUGGCAUCAGCAUAGGGGGCAGCAGCAGCAACAGCAAUAGCAAUGGCAGUGAAGGCGGCCGCGGGUCGUCCAGCUCGAGCUCGCGGACCGCCGCCACCAACACCCGGAACCAGCUGAACGUGGGCCUGCUGGUGCCGCACACCAACUUUGGCCGCCGGGACUACCUCCGGUCGAUCAAUACCGCCGUGAUGGGCCUGCAGAAGGGGCGUGGACCCAAGCUGACGUUCCUGAAGGACCACGAGUUUCAAACGUCCAACAUACACUUUGACAUGAUGUCGCUGACGCCGAGCCCCACAGCCAUCCUGAACACGCUGUGCAAGGAGUUCCUGCACGCGAACGUGUCCGCCAUCCUGUACAUGAUGAACUACGAGUCGUACGGGCGCAGCACCGCCUCGGCGCAGUACUUCCUCCAGCUUGCCGGCUACCUCGGCAUCCCCGUCAUCUCGUGGAACGCCGACAACUCCGGGCUGGAACGGCGCGCGUCCCAAUCGGCCCUGCAGCUACAGCUGGCGCCGAGCAUUGAACAUCAGAGCGCGGCCAUGCUGAGCAUUCUGGAGCGGUACAAGUGGCACCAGUUCUCGGUGGUCACGUCCCAGAUCGCCGGUCACGACGACUUUGUGCAGGCGGUGCGCGAGCAGGUCGCCGCCAUGGAUCACUUCAAGUUCACCAUCCUGAACUCGAUCAUCGUGUCGCGGCCGAUCAACCUGGUCGAGCUGGUGAACAGCGAGGCGCGGGUGAUGCUGCUGUACUGCACGAAGGACGAGGCGGUGGACAUUUUGAAGGCGGCCGAGGAGUUGCACAUUACGGGCGAGAACUACGUGUGGGUCGUGACGCAGAGCGUGAUCGAGAACAUGCAGGCGCCGACGCAGUUUCCGAUGGGGAUGCUGGGGGUGCACUUUGACACGUCUUCGAGUGCGCUGCUGAACGAGAUCUCGAACGCGAUCCGGGUGUACGCGUACGGGGUGGAGUAUUAUCUGAGUGAUCCGAAGAACGCGGGCAGGGGGCUGGACACGCACUUUUUGAGUUGUGAGGAUGAGGGACGGGGUCGGUGGGAUAAUGGGGAGGUGUUUUUCAAGUAUUUGAGGAAUGUCUCGUUGGAGGGGGAACCGAACAGGCCGAAUAUUGAGUUUACCGCGGACGGGGAUUUGAAGUGGGCGGAGCUGAAGAUCAUGAACUUGAGGCCGAGUGUGAACAGCAAGGGGUUGGUUUGGGAGGAGAUUGGGAUGUGGAAGUCGUGGCAGCAGCAGAAGCUGGACAUUAGGGACAUUGCGUGGCCGGGGAAUUCGCAUACGCCGCCGCAGGGAGUGCCGGAGAAGUUCCACCUGAAGAUUACGUUCUUGGAGGAAGCUCCGUACAUAAAUUUGUCGCCGGCGGAUCCGGUCAGCGGGAAGUGUCUGAUGGAUCGGGGAGUGUUGUGCCGGGUGGCGGCGGACCACGAGAUGACCGACAUCGACAUGGGGCAGGCGCACAAGAACGGGUCGUUCUACCAGUGUUGCAGUGGGUUCUGUAUUGACCUGCUGGAGAAGUUUGCCGAGGAAUUGGGCUUCACGUACGAGUUGGUGCGGGUGGAGGACGGUAAGUGGGGAACGCUGGAGAAUGGCAAGUGGAACGGGUUGAUUCACGAGUUGGUGAACAGGAAGACGGACAUGGUGUUGACGUCGCUGAUGAUCAACGCCGAGCGGGAGGCGGUAGCGGACUUUAGUGAACCCUUUAUGGAGACGGGAAUUGCGAUCGUGGUGGCGAAGCGGACGGGGAUUAUCUCGCCGACGGCCUUCCUGGAGCCGUUCGAUACGGCUUCGUGGAUGUUGGUGGGGAUCUUCGCGAUCCAAGCGGCCACCUUUAUGAUCUUUCUGUUUGAGUGGCUUUCGCCGAGCGGGUACGACAUGAAGACGGUGCUGCAGAACGCCAACAAUACGCCGUACCGGUUUUCGCUGUUCCGGACGUACUGGCUGGUGUGGGCCGUCCUGUUCCAGGCAGCCGUCCACGUGGACUCUCCGCGAGGCUUCACGUCCCGCUUCAUGACCAACGUGUGGGCUAUGUUUGCCGUGGUGUUUCUUGCUAUCUACACUGCCAACCUAGCGGCGUUCAUGAUAACCCGUGAAGAGUUCCACGAGUUUACCGGACUGGACGACACCCGGCUCUCCCAUCCGUUCUCCCACAAGCCGACCAUCAAGUUCGGCACGAUCCCCUGGAGCCACACGGACUCGACCAUCUCAAAGUACUUCAAAGAGAUGCACUACUACAUGAAGCAGUACAACAAAACAAGUGUCGCGGACGGUGUCGCAGCGGUCCUGAACGGCCAGAUGGACGCCUUCAUCUACGACGGAACCGUGCUCGACUACCUCGUCCAGCAGGACGAAGACUGCCGGCUGCUCACCGUCGGCCAGUGGUACGCCAUGACCGGUUACGGCCUAGCCUUCAGCCGCAACUCCAAAUACGUCCAAAUGUUCAACAAGCGACUGCUUGAAUUCCGCGCCAACGGAGACCUGGAACGACUCCGGCGCUACUGGAUGACCGGAACGUGCCGACCCGGCAAGCAAGAGCACAAAUCCUCCGACCCGCUCGCCCUCGAGCAGUUCCUCUCCGCGUUUCUCCUCCUCAUGGCCGGCAUCCUCCUAGCAGCCCUGCUCCUACUCCUCGAACACCUCUACUUCAAGUACUUCCGCAAGCGGCUCGCGAAAAAGGACCGCGGCGGCUGCUGCGCCCUCAUCUCGCUCUCCAUGGGCAAAUCGCUCACGUUCCGCGGGGCCGUCUACGAGGCCACGGAAAUCAUCCGGAGACACCGCUGCAGCGACCCCAUCUGCGACACCCACCUGUGGAAGGUCAAGCACGAGCUGGACAUGACCCGGUUGCGCAACACCCAGCUCGAGAAAGCGCUGGACGCGCACGGCAUCAAGCCGCCCCAGAUCAAGAUGGCCUCCACGAACGACAUUAUCGGCGCCGGCCGGCGCGAACAGUUCGCGAACCGCCCGGGCGUCCUCGGCAACCUGAGCAUCGGCGGGAGCGCCCAAGACCUGUACCGCUGGACGUACAAGACGGAAAUCGCCGAGAUGGAAACGGUGCUGUAAGCACCGCUCGCCCAAGGAAUUGUUCUCUACCCGUGUAAACAAUUACCACCUACUACUAAACCCACCCCCGGCAAUACAGAGAAGGAGAGAGGGAGAGCAUACAAUCUUUACCUAUACACAAGUAAACCUCUCUCUCCAACGUGACCGAGCUCCGCUCCGCCGCUCUGCGUAGUGCACACACACGCUGCUUCUCUUUGGCAAGUGUGUGUGUGCGUGAGGUUAGAAUGCUGGGAGAACACAACACACAAACAGGUAGCGAAACAAUAGAACAGCCAGCCAAUCAUCAACACAAGCUCAGCAAAACAAACAAAAACGGAAAGGAUUGGCGCCGCGUCCCCCCCUCAGAGUGAUAGACGCCAUUUUGAUGAGUGACUGCGUCACUCAUCGCGCUCAGCAGUCGUCGAAAAAACAAGGUGAAGAAAGAAGGGAAGGGAGCGUUCUUUUAUUACGUAACGCAGUUAGGGGGGGGAGGGGGUGUCGGUGUCUGUUACGAA